CAGACGAAAGUUAUUGUCUGAUUGUUCAACACAAGUCCAAGACAAAUCUGACAAAUUUGGUGACAAAUUUUGUGGUCAUUGAUAAAUUCCGAGACAGCUAUUGAUCAUGACUAAGAAGAAGGUAAUAAUCAUCGGCGGUGGAGUUGGUGGACUGACAGCCGCUACUAAACUGGCUCAAAAUGAUUUCGAUGUCACCGUUUACGAAAAAAACAAUUACUGCGGAGGUCGAUGUUCGCGAAUUUACAAAGAUGCAUUUACCUUUGAACAAGGAGCUAUCUUGUAUUUGUUUGACGAUAUUUACAAGAGAAACUUUAAAGAGCUUGGCGAGGAUCUGGAAAAGCGUGUUAAGUUUAUUGACAAUAAAGAUCAUCAUCAAGUCUUUUUCGAAGACGGGAAAUUUAAUUACUCAAAAGACAUAGAAUGUUUAGCUCGAGAAAUUGAACUGAUCGAGCCGUGCGGUGAUGCUAAGGAAAAACUGCAAAAUUUUUGCGCUGAAAGUAAAGCCAUCGAAAAGUUUGUUACCGAAAACAUUUUCUAUCAAACUUAUGAUAAUGUUUGGCAAAUGCUUUGGUUCUGGAUUAUGAAUUUCUUCAACGGUAUCUACCCUGCAUUAUUCACUAACUUUUACGCUAAUCUCUUCAAUGAUUUCAUUCCUAAUGUGUGGACUGGUUUGAUGACUAAUUUGAAGAUUUUAUGGGCAGCCAGGAGUUAUACAAUGCACAAUAGUGUCAACAAAUACUUUAAAACUGACAAAGUCUGCCAAGCUCUGACCUUUCAAUCUCUUUACUUUGGAAUAUCACCAUAUACUGGUUCAUCUUUAUUCAGCAUUUUGGUUGCUUAUGAAAUAGCGUCAGGCCUUAGAUAUCCUGAAAUGGGAAUGGCGAGCAUUGUGACUGCUUUGGAAAAUAUUGCCGAAGAAAAUGGAGUGAAAAUAAUAAAAAACCAAAGUGUUCGCAAGAUUUUAAUCAACAGAAGUGCUAGAGCAAUUGGUGUUAAACUGGCCGAUAAAACCAUUGUCUUAUCUGAUAUUGUUAUUUCCAACGCUGAUUUAACUUAUACUUAUAAUAAACUUCUGCCACCAACUAAAUAUGCAGUUGAAUUGAGCAAGAAAGACCAUGUUCCAUCAACAAUUACCUUUUUCUGGGGAAUGGAUUCCAAAAUUGAAGGACUCAAAAGUCACAAUAUAUUCAUACCUUCCGAUUAUAAAAAGCUGUUUGAGGAUAUUCACGACAAGAAGACAAUUCCUGAUGAUCCAUCAUUUUUCAUUCACAUUGCCAAUCGCAUGGAUCCAGGUAUGGGUCCUAAGGAUUGUAUGGGUCGUCCUAAGGAUAUGGACGCACUGACCGUUAUUGUUCCCAUCGGAGAAAUGGCCGGUGUACAAGGUGGUUUCGAUGAUAAGGUUGAAAUGGUUAAGAAAAAAGUAAUUAAAAAACUGGAAGAUAAAUUGGGAAUAAAGGAUUUCGCCAGUAAGAUUGUUACAAACAUUAAAACAGAAACACCAGAUACGUGGCAAGAUAAAUACAAUAGUUGGGGAGGAAGCAUUUUAGGAAUUUCUCAUUGUCUACAAAAUUUAGCAUGCUUCAGACCUAAUCAAAAGUGUGCAGAAUUUGACAAUCUUUACUUUGUUGGUGCUUCAACUCAACCUGGUGCUGGAGUCCCACUAGUUAUGUGCUCAGCUCUUUCGUUGGUCCCUAAAAUUGUAGCAGACCAUUCCGCUCAAAAGACUCCUGCCAUCGACUGCCAAUGAAACCACAAGACAACUCAUCAUCUCCUCAUCAUAUUACUGUUUUCCAGCCCAAACGUUUUUAUGCCUAUUUUUUGGUGCCAUUUUUUACUUACUCAGGAAUAGUAUUGACGAUAGCAUCUUGACUUUAACCCAAUAACCAGUACAACAAACGGAUUUGAAGACUCAUUUCUCAACAUUUAUUUCGCUCAUGUAAUUUGUCUGCAAAGCUCACAACAUCACGAGCAUCAAACAUGAUGUAAAUGACAUAUUUGUAGCAUGAUAAAUGAAACCUAUGAUUCCAUGAAACGACAAGACAAUCUGCAAACAAAAAUUGUAGUCAAAUUGAUAUUAACGCUUUUAAUAAACAUUAGUUAGCAUUUAAA